AUGGGCCUCACUGGUCAUAUCGAAGAGGCGCGCCUUGAGGAGAACUUAUCAGCGACCAGCGAUGCCCGGGGCAAUCUCGCCGCUAUCCGGGAAGACUACAGGUCCCUCCAGGUUGAUUUGCACAUGGCCUUGGAGGCCCGUAAGAAGGCUGAGGGGGAGACAGUUGAGGGGCAAAAUCAUGCCCAGUCCCUGGAAGCGGAGUUGUCUCACGCCAGGAGGGUUCUCAAGGAAUCUGAUGAGAGGGCAGCUGCAGUAGAGGUCCGUUGUGAGGAAGUUCUAAAGCAGCUGUCUUCCACGGUGGACGCUCUGCGUGAGAGGGACGAGGCCGUGAGCCAGAAGGAGGAGGUCCAGCACCGGAAUGAGCAGUUAAAGGCAGAUUUUGAUGCCACGUUGGCUCAAAGGAAUGAAGCUCUAGCUCGGGUCGUGGUUCUGGAGCAAGAGCUGAGCAAGCAAACUGACAACGUUAAGGGCUUGACAUUGGCGGUAGAGGAGUCUCAACUUCAGAAUCAACAGCUCUGCCAACAAGUUGAAUCCCUGGAGAAGAAGUGCUCGGCCUUGCUCAAAGAGGCCAAGCUGGCUGAAGAUAGGUCCAGCUGGAGUGCGAGGAGCGCUUGA